UUGGACAUAUGUGUAUGUAACCGGCGGUGCAAAGAUGUCAGUCGGCGCGGAGAGGAGGAUGGAAACCCGGUUGAAAAAGCUGGAGGACAUGAUCCGGAUCCGAGGUCUGCCGUCAACUUGGAAAGUUUGGUGGACUCUCUGAACGCUUUGGUGUUAGACCUGGACUACCCUGCACUCCGCAAGAACAAAAAUAUUGAGACCUUUUUAAACAGAUAUGAGAAAGUCAUGAGACAGAUCCGGGACCUUCAGAUGAAGUCGGAGGACUUUGAAAGAGUCAAAGUAAUCGGCAGGGGGGCAUUUGGCGAAGUUCAGCUGGUGAGACACAGAGCCUCCCAGAAGGUCUAUGCCAUGAAGCUACUGAGCAAGUUUGAGAUGAUCAAGCGCUCAGAUUCGGCCUUCUUCUGGGAGGAGAGAGACAUCAUGGCCUUCGCCAACAGUCCCUGGGUUGUACAGUUGUGCUGUGCCUUCCAAGAUGAGCAUUACCUCUACAUGGUGAUGGAGUACAUGCCAGGAGGGGACCUGGUCAAUCUGACCAGCACCUAUGACGUCCCGGAGAAAUGGGCCAAGUUCUACACGGCCGAGGUGGUAAUGGCUUUGGACGCCAUCCACUCGAUGGGCUUCAUCCACCGUGAUGUCAAGCCGGACAAUAUGCUACUGGACAGACACGGGCACCUCAAGUUGGCUGACUUUGGCACCUGCAUGAAGAUGGACUCUACCGGCAUGGUCCACUGUGAUACGGCGGUGGGCACCCCGGACUACAUUUCCCCUGAGGUGCUGAAAUCUCAGGGCGGGGAUGGAUACUAUGGGAGGGAGUGUGACUGGUGGUCCGUGGGGGUCUUCAUCUAUGAGUUACUUGUUGGUGACACGCCGUUCUACGCUGACUCUCUGGUGGGAACCUACAGUAAGAUCAUGGACCAUAAGAACUCCCUCAACUUCCCUGAUGAUGUGGAGAUCUCCAAAGAUGCCAAGAACAUCAUCUGCGCUUUCUUAACUGACAGGGAGGUGCGAUUGGGCAGGAACGGCGUAGAAGAAAUCAAGAGACACCCUUUCUUCAAAAACGACCAGUGGACGCUUGAGACCAUCAGAGACUCGGUCGCCCCGGUGGUCCCAGAGCUGAGCAGCGACAUAGACACCAGUAACUUCGACGAGAUCGAGGAAGACAAGGGCGACGUAGAAACCUUCCCCACGCCCAAGGCCUUUGUAGGGAACCAGCUGCCCUUUGUGGGCUUCACCUACUUCAAGGAAGACCAAUUACUAAGUGCCUCAAACAAUUCCUCAACUCAGGACAACUCGCCAAACAUGAAGGGAGAGUCGGUGGCGCUGCAGAAGAAACUUCACCAGGUGGAGGGGCGGCUAAAUGAUGAGUUGCAGUCCAAAGAUGAACUCGAGCACAAAUACCGAACGGCCAGCAGUCGUCUUGAGAAGAUCUCCAAAGAACUUGAGGAAGAGGUGAACAGCAGGAAGAACCUGGAGUCCAGCCUGAGGCAGCUGGAGAGGGAGAAGGCCCUGCUCCAACACAAGAGCCUGGAGAGCCAUCGCAAGGCUGAGAGUGAGGCAGACAGGAAGCGCUGUCUGGAGAACGAAGUCAACAGCCUACGAGACCAACUGGACGACAUGAAGAGAAGAAACCAAAACUCGCACAUCUCCAAUGAGAAGAACAUCCAUCUGCAGAGACAGCUGGAAGAGGCAAAUGCCUUGCUGCGGGCCGAGUCGGAGGCAUCGGCACGCCUCCGUAAGGCCCAGACGGAGAGCAGCAAACAGCUGCAGCAGCUGGAGACCAAUGUCCGCGAGCUGCAGGACAAGUGCUGCCUGCUGGAACGCAGCAAGUUGAGUCUGGAGAAGGAGUGCAUCGGCCUGCAGGCGGCGCUGGAGGCCGAGAGGAGGGAACAUAGCCAGGGAUCCGAGACCAUCACAGACCUGAUGGGAAGGAUUUCUGGUCUGGAGGAGGAGGUGCGUCAGGUGCGACAGACUCUGUCCAAAACUGAGAUGGAGAAGAGACAGCUCCAGGAGAAACAUACUGAUCUAGAGAAGGAGAAAAGCAACAAAGAGAUCGAUUUGACAUACAAGCUGAAGGUGCUGCAGCAGGGCUUGGAGCAGGAGGAGGCCUCCCACAAAGCUACCAGAAAUCGGCUUGCCGACAAGAGCAAGAUCAAAGAGACCAUCGAGGGAGCCAAGUCUGAGUCCAUGAAGGAGUUGGAGCAGAAGCUGGCGGAGGAGCGGGCGGCCAAGUUGCGGUUGGAGAACCGAAUGCUGGAGCUGGAGAAGCACAGCAGCAUGAUGGACUGUGACUACAAGCAGGCUCUGCAGAAACUGGAUGAACUCCGCAGGCACAAGGACCACCUUACUGAGGAGGUAAAGAAUCUGACCCUGAAGAUUGAGCAGGAGACCCAGAAACGUAAUCUCACCCAGAACGACCUGAAAGCCCAGAACCAGCAGCUCAACGCUGUGCGGACCUCCGAGAAACAGCUCAAACAGGAAACUAACCACCUGCUGGACAUCAAAAGGAGCUUAGAGAAACAGAACCAAGAACUGCGCAAAGAAAGACAAGACUCUGACGGCCAGAUGAAGGAACUGCAGGACCAGUUGGAAGCUGAACAGUAUUUCUCUACGCUGUACAAGACCCAAGUACGUGAACUGAAGGAAGAGUGUGAGGAGAGGAAUAAGCUUUACAAAGACAUACAACAGUCUCUGCAGGAGCUGCAGGAGGAGAGGGACUCCCUGGCGGCUCAGCUGGAAAUCACGCUGACCAAGGCCGACUCGGAGCAGCUGGCGCGCUCCAUUGCUGAGGAGCAGUACUCUGACCUGGAGAAGGAGAAGAUCAUGAAGGAACUGGAGCUGAAGGAGAUGAUGGCUCGCCACCGCCAGGAGCUGACCGAGAAGGACAUCACCAUCAGUUCGUUGGAGGAAGCUAAUCGUACGCUGACCAGCGAUGUGGCUAAUUUGGCCAACGAAAAGGAAGAGCUAAACAACAAACUGAAGGAGACCCUUGAAGACACGGAGCGGUCGAAGGAUAGGGAGCAGCAGAUUAGCCAGAUGAGGCAGACAUUUGAAAAGCAGCUGCAGUCAGAAAGGACGCUGAAAACCCAGGCUGUUAAUAAGCUGGCAGAGAUCAUGAACAGGAAGGAAGUACGCGGCGGAGGAAGUCGCCGUGGCAACGACACCGACAUGCGGCGGAAGGAGAAGGAGAACAGGAAGCUCCAGCUUGAGCUGAGGUCGGAGAAGGAGAAGCUCAACAGCACCAUCAUCAAGUACCAGCGAGAAAUCAAUGACAUGCAAGCGCAAAUAGCGGAUGAGAGCCAGAUGCGCAUCGAGCUGCAGAUGGCUCUGGACAGUAAGGACAGUGACAUUGAACAGCUGAGGAACCUGCUGCAGUCCCUCAGUGUUCAGUCGAUGGACUCCACAAGCGUCAGCAGUGGACCAGAGUUUGACACGGAUGAUGCGUACACAGAAAUGAGGCUGGAGGGGUGGCUCUCUCUUCCUGUAAGAAACAACACCAAGAAGUUUGGAUGGGAGAAAAAGUAUGUCGUCGUCAGCAGCAAGAAGAUUCUGUUCUACAACAGCGAACAGGACAAAGAGCAGUCUAUUCCCUACAUGGUGCUGGAUAUAGACAAACUCUUCCACGUGAGGCCUGUCACUCAAACGGAUGUGUACCGCGCUGAUGCCAAAGAGAUUCCCAGGAUAUUCCAGAUUCUUUACGCUAAUGAAGGAGAGAGCAAGAAGGAGCCCGAGUUCUCUGUCGAGCCGCUGGCUAUCGGCGAGAAGUCCAGCUACAUCUCCCACAAGGGCCACGAGUUCAUCCCAACGCUCUACCACUUCCCCACCAACUGUGAGGCGUGCACCAAACCGCUGUGGAACAUGUUCAAACCGCCACCUGCCCUGGAGUGCCGGCGAUGCCACAUCAAGUGUCACAAAGAUCACAUGGACAAGAAGGAGGAGGUCAUCGCUCCCUGCCGAGUUUACUAUGACGUGUCCACGGCCAAGAAUCUGCUCCUGCUGGCGGUCUCCCAGGAGGAACAGCAGAAGUGGGUGAGCCGGCUGGUCAAGAAGAUUCCCAAGAAGCCUCCGGCAUCAGAGCAGUUUGCCCGCUCCUCACCGCGCGCCUCCAUGAAGGUCCAGCCUAGCCAGUCCAUGAGGAGGCCCAGUCGACAGCUCCCCCCGAACAAAAGCAGUUAACCUCGCUGCGGAGUGCUGUUCAACCUUGGAAGUGGUGUGUGUAUGUGGGGGGUCCUCCUCCUCCUCCUCCUAAACCAUAGACUCAAACGCUGCUCCACUUCACUCUGCCAGGCCAGCCCCAUUCUCG